AUGGAUGAGCAUGCAAGCAGUGCUCUCCACUAUGGGCACGUUGGAAGAGCCAUUUAUCAGCCUGAGACUAGCUCGUGGUCUUUCUCUCGCUCAUUUACGCGAGGGUCUUCUCUCACCUAUACGGGCGUGACCAACACGACAAUACACUCCCCACGAGAUACUUCGAAGUCUCGGGGAGAUGCAGUUGUGUGGCCAACAGUUCAUGAGGAUAAAUUCUCGCAAUUCGUGUCCUCUGCAAGUGAAUACUAUGAUCCUAAUGUAUCCACUCUCUUAGACCUGGGCUAUGCAUUACAUUCCGGCUACGAUGACGCCAAAGUCCGUCCAAGACCUAUGAUGAUCGCAGCAGCAGUAACUGGGGAAUGUAGAAAUGUGAUAUCAUUUCGAGUUCUUGCGGAAGGUCAAGCAGAGCUGACUCAAGAGCGUUUAGCUGUGCGAGUUCCUGUAAUUGACGAUGCAGAGGCAACAGAAUGGUCUACUGAAGGUGCUCAAAUUCAUCAAAUAUGUUUCGCACGGCCGAUGGAAGAUGACGAAGAAAAAACCACGUGGAUGGCAGCUCGGCUUUCAGAGUCAACAGCAAUCUUCAAGCCUUUUUAUCAACGAGAUCCGGUGCCUAUGCAUCUUCGUCGAGAUGAUCCGUGGGCGCUCCCAACGCCGCCGCACAACUCCCGGUUAGAUGCCAACCCGGUAGUAGAGAUCUUGGCUUCCUAUACAGGUGGAUCGCCCCACGCUGAUGUGGCAUUCAACCCUUGGUACCAGAGACAACUGGCCAUCGUGGACAACAAAGGGAGCUGGAGCAUAUGGGAACUUACUGGCCGACAAAAACGGCGCAAGGCCCAUUGGCUUGCCAUUCCAGGCCAAACAGGAAAACUGCCCUCAGAUGACGAUCUCAAAAGCAAUGGGCCUAAGCACGAUGGCUGGGCAUCCAUUCAAUGGAUCGCCGACUAUUCAGUAAUUUUGGUUGCCGAUCGCACCUGCGCUAUGUUAUUUCGUCUCGGCGGUAGUGAGACUCGAUCUACUGUGGUCAAACUCAAUAUGGGUCGAAAAUCAGAAUGGGUGCUGGACGUGCAGCGAAGUACUCACAGUAUAACGCAGUUCUUCAUUCUCACCACAUCUCGCAUCCUUUGGUUUGAUCUCACGGGUGUAUCAUUGGAUGGGGAGGCUAUGCAUUCGGCUGUACGACCGUCUCUUACUUGGCGACAUUUUCGAGAUCCGGAGGACAUAAGCCUUCGGUGCAAUGAUCUGUUGAUUGGUGGUGCUUUGCAUAUUGUUCUGUACUCUCGCCUGACGCAGCUUGUCCAAGUUUUCCCGUGUCCCUCUCUCAGUGAUGAACAGGAAGAUUCUAUCGCGGUUUCUGAUCCAUUCCUGUUGCAUGUACCAUCUGCAAGUGAUGCCUCCGAUGUGUCCAAGAAAUCCCGUUUUUCCACCUUCGUCUUUCGCGAAGUUGCGCACUCCCCCGGAGCUCAUCCUCAGAAACAAUCACGAUACAAUCCUGACAUGACCCUCAUUAAAUUAUUUUGGAUAGAUUCAUCUCUUGCGGUGCAUGAGACUCUUUACAAGGGGCCUGACCGGAAACAACAUGAUGAAAACAUUGACACACAGGACAACACCAGUGUUCUUCGCGUAAAGAAGCAUGCAGCCGCUCACAGAAAGGAUACUGAAAUUGACGAGGACGACGAUUUCAUUGUCGAGGAUUGGGAUGAAUCCGUAUUUGGCCCUUCGAGGGCCUCUCUUCCUCGAAGCAGCCGCGUCUCACCAUUUGCAGGCCUCGAAUGGACUGUGGACUGGUCAUAUAUCUACAUGCUGGCUCUGAAAGGGGUCCUUACAACCGGCAAUGGAGCUUGGCUUGAUCAGACCAUGGAAACACUGAAAGGUCAAGACAACGCAAACUUCGCCCCAGGCAGAGUAAUCAGCGGCGGUCAGCUCUCUCCAAGCGACAUUGUCGAGUGUGGUCAGGAUUUGGAUAAUCUGACUUCCGCAAUUGCACCAGGGGCUGCUCGAUUUCCACAACAGUUCAUGAUCCUCCCGUUGAAACUCUCCGAUGUUUUCGCCGGUAUACGCAUAAUAUCUGGCCAAGACCCAUCUAAACUUGAUUUCUUGGACACCUACGAUCGACUAGUCCACGAGUGGCUUGCUAAUCUUCCCCCGAGGAUUCCCAAUGCUGUUCGAGUCACAAAGGAGAAAACGAUUCGUGGGAUUGCUCUCGAUCUCCUUCUGUCUCGUAUAGUAAGGGUCUCAAAGAGACCUGCGGAUGGCCAUGAAAUACAUGCCAAUGGACAGGCGACCAGAACAGACCCCGAAACAUCAUCCCAAGGAUGGGGGAUGCCACUGCAAUCCUCCCAGCUCCUAUCCAGCCAGAACAACGCAUCGAGCAACGUUGAGACGCAUUCAGGAUCAGUGGAGGCUGCACAACCUCCUCACAAACUGUAUAGCCAUCUCUCGAUGUUUACAAGCUUCAAAAAGCCCCGGUCUAUGCCUCGGAACAUAGCUAGCCUACUCUCCCAGUGGAAACCAAACACCGACCCAUCCGGGUAUGAUUGGCAAAAGAGCUUACGGUUUGAAGACGAUGACACCCAAAGAGAAUCAAGAACUCCCAGGCGUGGAAAGAAGAAACGCUCUCAACAGACGCCCGCAGCUGAUGCACCACCCUUGCCCCCAACGCCCGUGGCGCCCCUCAUGCGAGGCUGGGGCAGUCAACCCGAUCAACCAGCACCCGCCUUUCUGCAAAGCAGUCAGCCCACAAUAGACGAGGCGCCGAUGACACAAAUAGAACGCGGGCAGUUCGGAACACGAGAUACAAAGAAGGGUGUUAAAGCUAAGAAGAAACGACGGGCGGCAGGAUUCUAG